AUGGAAAGAGAAAAUUCAAACAUCCCACCCGCCUUCAAGGCCCGCAAGACCAAAAUCCUAUCCGAGCUCUCCCUCCCAGAUGCGGAGUACACGGAUCUCUCGCCCAAGGGCUCUGUGGACGAGGGCAUCAGGGAUUUGAUCCGCGAUAUCAAUGUACUUCCAGGUCUGGUGACGACCAGCAGUUGUGCCGGGCGCAUCAGCGUGUUUCUGGAAGGGCGCAAAAAGCAGCAGCAGCCUCAGCCUCAAACGCUGCAGUCGCAGGAGGACGAAAGCCAGAGUCAAAGCCAAAGCCAGAGACAGUUCGCACCCUCCGGCGGUAAAGGCGCUGGGCGAUGGCUGUAUGUUUCGCAUGACGCGCUAGUGCAACCCGAUGGUCAAGGUCAAGAUCAAUCAAUGCCAUUGCAUGCGCUGUUCGGGAUGCGGCCGGGGAAUGGAAAGCCGCCGUUGAAGAAAUCGGAUCAGGCGCUGCGCUUGGUGCGGUUUUCUUUUGAGCCAUUGAUCCUCCACGUCAUGACAGCAACGCUCUCCCACGCACAACCCGUUCUGUCCGCAGCGACAAGCUCCGGCUUUCGCGAAAGCGGCCUGCAGAGCCUGCGCUGUCUCGAAGGCGACGAUGGACCUAGUCCCGUCGUCGCUGUGCGGUCGGCUGGUAUGUCGUUGGAGUCUGUGAUUGGGUAUUGUGAUAAUGAUAACGACAACAACAACGACAACGACAGCGAUGAGGAUGAUCACGAGCCCAUAGUGCGCAGCCUCGUCUCGGAGGAGUAUCUCGCCAUGCUGGUUGCCAUGUCUAAUGAGCGGUUUGGGGUCAAUUCUGAGCGGAGGGAGAGGUUUCGGGGUGCUUUAAUAUCCGCGUUUUCUGGGGAAGAUGCGAAUAAAGGGAAGAAGGCGGCACAGUGGGAGGAUCCUGAUGUGAGGAAGGAAAGGAAGAGGGCGGAGGGGUUGGCGAGGAAGAAAUUUCUGGAGGAGCAGAAGCACAAGGCUGCUGGGAUGCAGACCAGGGAGGAGUCUUUCGACGAUGUAGCUGGUUUGGAAGGUGAAUAUAAUCAUACUUAA